UUCAAUGCAGAAGUGACUUAAGCAGGACUCCAGACUAAAAAGAGGAAGGCUAGCUUUAGCAUUUCCUUUCUUGAAAAAAGCUCCAUAGUCCUCAAAUUUAUAAGUAGCUGAAAGCAGAGAAGCACAGAGAUUGACAAGAAUGGCUCCAGGUAGCAUCUACAUGAAGUGUGAAGAACCUGACACAGUUGAGCUCAAAGACAACGCAUUUCACAAGACAUCAAGGAGACCAGGUGCUUUCCGGUUGCAGUGCUGCAGAUGUUGUUCGGAAGAAACCUCCAUAUCAGUCCUUUACAUUGCAAGUGCUGUGCUGUUUCUGCUGUGGAUCAUAACCACCAUAUUUCUAACUGCAAAAUACUCUAAGAUGGCCAAGGAACUGGAACAGUUGCAUGGCAAUCAAACUCUACUGAGUGCAAAUGACAUCCAUAUGGAGAAGCAACUGGACAUACUUCAUUCUAGUCAGUCCACUUAUGCAUCACAGAUGAAUAACAGCCUGAAGAGACUGGAAGAUCAUCAGACUAAACUAAAACAAAAUAUGACCAAAGAACUAUUUGAUUUAUACAUUGAGGAAAAAAACAUCUGGGAUGAGCUGUUUAAAUUAGGAAGUGUACUUCAUAAACUAAACGCUUCAGCCUGCAAGAUGUGUCCAGAAGGAUGGCACCUGAACAGAGGACAAUGCUACUAUUUUCAUGAAGAGUCAAUGCACUGGUCUUUAGCUGAAAAAUUCUGUGAUGAUCAAGGUGGCCACUUAGUUGUCAUCAAUGACAACUCUGAGCAGGCAUUUCUUGAAUCAAAGAAAAAAGUCUCUAGCUAUUGGAUUGGUCUCCAUGAUAUGAAAAGUGAAAAUAUGUUCAUCUGGGUGAAUGAUAGUCCUUUAAAGUACAGCCACUGGUUUCCAGGGGAGCCCAAUGAUUAUGGCCAUGGCGAAGACUGUGUCAUGAUGCAAAACAAUGGUUAUUGGAAUGAUUAUGGAUGUGGCAACGAGGUGGCGGGCAGUAUUUGUGAGAAGCCGUGGAAUUGCCAAUAGUGGCCAGCAAGAACAGAAUCCACAAGAGAAGGUUCGCUCUUGAUGACUCUGUCAUUCUGCUUAGGGCCCUUGCUGAAACAAAUCUUCCAGCAGUGCAAACUCUGAUACCUUCUGGGAUAUGGUUAUGGCAAAUUAUUUCUACACAUGAGGCAAUGGUGAUCACAUUUAAGUUGGUGUAAACUUGCAGUAACUAUACCAUAUCUGAUUUUUAAUAUUUACAAAUAAAGAUCAAUUUACUUCUAAGAUUGAUCCCCGAGGGAGCACAACCAAGUAGGUCCCAUUUAUUCAAUUAAGUUCAAAACGCUGUGGUUGAAAAAGGCAAGCAACCUUUUCCAGCAAUAUAUUCCAUUUUGCUUGUAAUAGAAUGUGAGCCAAAGGAAGUUUGGACAUAUAUGAUUACUCAUUGUUCAAUUUUUUCAGUUGGUUAUUUGUUUAGAGAGAAUUUAAUGAAAAUGGUCCAUCAGUGACAUCUCUCAUCAUGGAGUCUAGUCAGAAUUUAUAACAACUUUGAGGGAAGCUUCUGGUUUUGUGGUGGACAUAGAACAAUUUCCCCCCCAUAUGGUGGUUAUCUGAGUGAGCCUCUAAAUUAUGGAUAAUGGUUUCAGUAGUUUUAUCAGAAGGUCUCAGAAUUAAGAUACCAUGUAUGUUUAUUCCAGAGUGCAUGCCAUUAAAUUAGGGUUGCCAGGUCCUACCCAGCAGCCAGUGGGGGAUUUUCCUUGUGCGUGCUUUGUGGACAUGGUGUAAGGAUGUCACCCAGAAGUAACAUUAUUGCACUGGGCACAUUGUGGGAACGGGAGGGGGGCGCUCUAGCACUUGGCAGGGGAAAGCUCUAUGGUCAUCAUAGAGUUUUUUCCAAAUGCUAGAUCCAUCCCCUCUGCAACCUGCCCAGCAUGAUAACGUCACUUCUGUGUGAUGUCAUCAUGGCAGGCACAUUGCAGUGUGCUGGUGCUCUUUGGGGGUGGGGCUCCCUUGCUGGCCAGUUCCAUGGCAGUGGGUUGGAGCCCCUGAAAUUGGGGAAAAACCCACCCCCAGUGAGAGGCUGGGGACCCUCUAUUAAAUCAAGCUGCUUGAUCUAAAAAUUACUGGAAUUUUUAUGUACAUUUAUAUGUAUAUCAAGUCACAGCUGACUUUUUGCAACCCAUCAAGGGACUUUCAAGGCAAGCCUUCCUCUGCAGAGUCUUCCUUGGUGGUCCCCCAUCCCAGUACUGACUCUGCCUAGCUAACAAGAUCUGAUGAGACUGGCCUAUGCCAUACCAUUCCACAACCCAUUCUUAGAUUACAUUUAAUAAACCAGAAGCAAUAUAUUUUACAUUGUAAACACCAGUGGGUAAAUACAAUUAAGGAAAUGUAUAUUUGUGACAUCACAGCCUUGUGAAGAAUUAAUCACAUGGAGGGAUUAGAUAAAAUAUGGCAUUAAGAGUUUUCACGUUAGUAGAUUUUAUUAUAUAGGUUUACUUUGUAAUAAAAAGUUUUAGCUUA